GGAGGGAUCUAUCGGUGCGGCGCUUCCCUUAUGACUAUAUAAGGAAGCGCCGGGUGCGGCGUAGGCAGUUCCGUUGAGGCCAGGAGUUCAGCUGCUGUGCUUCUGUGUUCGCUACUGCCACCGCCACUGCCACUUGACAAUGCAGAUCUUUGUAAAGACCUUGACUGGUAAGACCAUCACCCUGGAAGUGGAGCCCAGUGACACCAUCGAGAAUGUCAAGGGGAAGAUCCAAGAAAAAGAAGGCAUCCCCCCUGACCAGCAGAGAUUGAUCUUUGCCGGGAAACAGCUGGAAGAUGGGCGCACCCUGUCUGACUACAACAUCCAGAAGGAGUCCACUCUGCACCUGGUCCUCCGCCUCAGAGGUGGGAUGCAGAUCUUCGUGAAGACCUUGACUGGUAAGACCAUCACCCUGGAAGUGGAACCCAGUGACACCAUCGAGAAUGUCAAGGCAAAGAUCCAAGACAAAGAGGGCAUCCCCCCUGACCAGCAGAGAUUGAUCUUUGCCGGGAAGCAGCUGGAAGAUGGGCGCACCCUGUCUGACUACAACAUCCAGAAGGAGUCCACUCUGCACCUGGUCCUCCGCCUCAGAGGUGGGAUGCAGAUCUUUGUGAAGACCUUGACUGGUAAGACCAUCACCCUGGAAGUGGAACCCAGUGACACCAUCGAGAAUGUCAAGGCAAAGAUCCAAGACAAAGAGGGCAUCCCCCCUGACCAGCAGAGAUUGAUCUUUGCUGGGAAGCAGCUGGAAGAUGGGCGCACCCUGUCUGACUACAACAUCCAGAAGGAGUCCACUCUGCACCUGGUCCUCCGCCUCAGAGGUGGGAUGCAGAUCUUUGUGAAGACCUUGACUGGUAAGACCAUCACCCUGGAAGUGGAGCCCAGUGACACCAUCGAGAAUGUCAAGGCGAAGAUCCAAGACAAAGAGGGCAUCCCCCCUGACCAGCAGAGAUUGAUCUUUGCUGGGAAGCAGCUGGAAGAUGGGCGCACCCUGUCUGACUACAACAUCCAGAAGGAGUCCACUCUGCACCUGGUCCUCCGCCUCAGGGGUGGGAUGCAGAUCUUCGUGAAGACCUUGACUGGUAAGACCAUCACCCUGGAAGUGGAACCCAGUGACACCAUCGAGAAUGUCAAGGCAAAGAUCCAAGACAAAGAGGGCAUCCCCCCUGACCAGCAGAGAUUGAUCUUUGCUGGGAAGCAGCUAGAAGAUGGGCGCACCCUGUCUGACUACAACAUCCAGAAGGAGUCCACUCUGCACCUGGUCCUCCGCCUCAGAGGUGGGAUGCAGAUCUUCGUGAAGACCUUGACUGGUAAGACCAUCACCCUGGAAGUGGAGCCCAGUGACACCAUCGAGAAUGUCAAGGCAAAGAUCCAAGACAAAGAGGGCAUCCCCCCUGACCAGCAGAGAUUGAUCUUUGCUGGGAAGCAGCUGGAAGAUGGGCGCACCCUGUCUGACUACAACAUCCAGAAGGAGUCCACUCUGCACCUGGUCCUCCGCCUCAGAGGUGGGAUGCAGAUCUUCGUGAAGACCUUGACUGGUAAGACCAUCACCCUGGAAGUGGAGCCCAGUGACACCAUCGAGAAUGUCAAGGCGAAGAUCCAAGACAAAGAGGGCAUCCCCCCUGACCAGCAGAGAUUGAUCUUUGCUGGGAAGCAGCUGGAAGAUGGGCGCACCCUGUCUGACUACAACAUCCAGAAGGAGUCCACUCUGCACCUGGUCCUCCGCCUCAGAGGUGGGAUGCAGAUCUUCGUGAAGACCUUGACUGGUAAGACCAUCACCCUGGAAGUGGAGCCCAGUGACACCAUCGAGAAUGUCAAGGCGAAGAUCCAAGACAAAGAGGGCAUCCCCCCAGACCAGCAGAGAUUGAUCUUUGCUGGGAAGCAGCUGGAAGAUGGGCGCACCCUGUCUGACUACAACAUCCAGAAGGAGUCCACUCUGCACUUGGUCCUGCGCCUGAGGGGAGGUUUCUAAGUUCUCCCUUUUAAGCUUUCAACAAAUUUCAUUGCACUUUUCUUUCAAUAAAGUUGUUGCAUUCCCAAA